AUGUCAUUUCAGACAAUUACAACCAGACGCCGAGGAACAACAGUGAAUUGGACUUCUCGCAAUGGGGCUCCGGAUAGUCCAGAUUCCAUAGAUGAUCUCCGUACUGCAAAGGAGGAUUACCAACUGGUGGAGUAUGUUCAUGGCCUUCCAUCCCAUGUGAAAACGUUGCCAAAGAAAGAAAAAUUUAGCCUCUUUGAAUACUUUCGCAUACGGGGUCUGCUACUUGUGUUGGCCAUUGGCUACGCCAUCGAUAGAUUUUUCACUCGAGCUUGGAAGAAGUUGCCAGACCUUUUUAAUGUGUACGGCUUGAUCUUUCGAAAACCUUCAACGGCUGAAAUUUGGCGAGAUGAUGCGUUUUUUGCCAGACAACGUUUAACUGGUGUUAACCCAUUCGUCAUUGAACUUUGCAAAGAGCUACCAAAAAAGAUGACCGAAAACCUUAAUAUCCGAGAGGCUUCGCUUAAGACAGUUUUACAACAAAGAUCUGGGAGGGCAGAUUUCACCCUGGAGACUGCCAUACAAGAAAAUAGACUUUUCAUCGUCAAUUACACAAUUCUUGACGGAAUGUUCAGUCAAUUUGGAGUUUGUGCUCCUAUCGCCUUGUUCCUCGUGGAUGCUAACAAAGAAUUGAUGCCCAUCGCUAUACAAUUGCAUCAGUCAGGGGAAUCUAACCCGUUGUUCCUGCCAAACGACCCAAGCUGGUUAAUGGCAAAAUUGUGGUUCAAUCACGCGGACAGCUCUUUUCAGGAAUCGUUUUCUCAUCUAGGUGUCACUCAUCUGCUGAUGGAGAGUGUUGAUGUUGUGACACACCAGAAUCUGGCUCCAUCCCACCCGGUGUUUGAAAUCCUGGCUCCACAUUUUCAUUACCUCCUGGCCAUCAACACGGAAGCGAGAAGUCUGCUGAUCAACAAGAAUGGAAUCGUUGACAAGACGUUGUCGAUCGGUAGAGAUGGAAUGAUCGAGAUCAUCAGACGACGAUUAGUGGAGUGGAGGAUGGAUACGGAUGGAAUAUUGCCGACUGAUCUUAAAAAAAGAGGGGUGAUAGAUGACGGUAUUCUUCCUGGGUAUUAUUACCGUGACGAUGCUCUACUUGUCUAUGAGGCUAUUCACAAGUACGUGAAGACAUGUGUUGAGAUACACUAUGAUGAUUAUGGCAACAACGGACGACAUCGUGUGAGUGAUGAUACACAACUACAGAACUGGGUUUUGGCUAUCAUUUCCAAGAGAGAACCAGUUGGUGGUGGAUGCGAAAUACAGGGUCUUCCAAUGGACGACAACGGUGAGACCAUAUCUACAUGUGGUCAACUGAUAGAAAUCGUUACCUGCAUUAUAUACAUAUGCAGCGUGAGACAUGCCGUCACUAACUUUCCACAGUACGAUCAGUACGGCUUCCAGCCAGCCUACCCUGUUGGCAUGAGAGGCACUCCACCUCAGGAUCCGAAAGCUGAACUGACUGCGACAGCCAUCAUCAACGCAAUUCCACCAAAAGUUACUUGCCUUCUUGAAAUGCUAAUAAUGAAGUUUUUAAGCACAAGAAACACCAAACUCUUGGGUAAUUUUGACAAAGACAUUAUUCCGUUCCCUUGCGACGCAGCGGUAACACAGUUCCAAAAGGAUCUGCAUGAAAUUGCUGAAAAAAUUGAGGAAAGGAAUAAAAUUAGAAAGUAUCCUUACCAAUGGGCAAGCCCUGACUACAUCCCAAAUUCUAUCAGCAUCUAG